AUCAAGACCGAUCAAAUAGGAUUAAAUCGAUUGAGGUCCACUUACAGUUGAUGUCCUCUCGAUAUAGCGACCAAUUUGAACAGGUUAGACUAUCGCAGUGGCCCUUCCCAAAGGAUGCAGCUUCGCCUACAACGUGGACUUCAUAAAGAUCCAUCUGUCUUACUUAGUGAUGUUUCGGUGGCCAGUAGCCAGGAGUACGCGUAUUUGAUUCUUACCGACAUUGGGGGACAAGAAUUUUGGAUCACAUUUGAUACCGGCUCCUCAGACCUCUGGGUGGUUUCAUCAGAUUGUACUAAUACAGAUUGCCUGGGCAUCACACGAUAUUUGCCCUCAUCAUCUAGCACCCUGAGCUUAUCAGAUCAGCCUUUCAAGCUGACAUACCUGGUGGGGUCAGUGCUGGGAACAGUAGGCACAGAGACCGUAACACUCGGCCCGUAUGAAAUAUCUUCUCAAACGUUUGCCUUGGCUAGCCAGACGAGUGGACUUGGACUUUCUAACACGGGAAACUCGGGCAUUCUAGGCCUGUCAUUUCCACCCGCCGCUUCCAUCCCUCUAACAUCUGGGACACCCAUCCUGGACAAUCUGUUUACUCAUUUUGAUGACCAGCACCGGUUCUUUGCGUUCAAAUUAGGACGAAACGAGUCGCAGGACGUCUCAUAUUCAGAUUCAUCGCUCACUAUCGGGGAAUUGGACUCCUCCCUGACAAAUGAUACAAGCCAGUUCGUAUUCACUCCGGUUUUCGCAUCAACACCAGACGAGUAUGACUUCUGGAAGCUUCCAAUUCAACAAAUCACCAUCAACGCUCAGGUCCUUCCGCUCUCCCGAUCGUUGGUCCGCGGUGCAACGUCACCGAUCGCUGUACUUGACACCGGGACAACUCUCAUUUUAGGUCCGACCGGAGACGUCGAUGCGUUCUGGUAUGCCAUAGGAACGGGUGGGUCCACGAAGUACAAUCAGCAGACACAAACGUGGCAAGUGAGGUGCGAUAGGGCCGUGGACGUGCGCAUUACACUUGGCAACUCCGAUACUGCAAAAGAAUACCCACUUCAUCCCGAGGAUGUCAGCUGGGCUGAAGGUGAGAUGCAAGACGGUUGGUGUACCGGUGGAAUACAGGCAAACAACGGAGUAGACUCUGGAGAUUGGCUUCUCGGGGCUGUGUUCUUGAGGAACGUCUACGUCAUACACCAGGGCACAACACCCUCUAAUCCACCGACGAUCGGGUUGUUGAAUACGACGGACCCAUCCGUUGCCCUCGCAGAGUUCACAUCGUCCAGGGGACAAGAUCCAGCUCCCCCACCUUCCAUACUACGCCCUGGUUCUUCAGCUACGGAAGCGAGGGAUACUAUCGCGACUUGUGUGGUAUGCGGGGUGUGCGGAUUUUUGAUUGGAGUCAUUGGAAUUGUGAUCUACCAUCUCCGACGGCGAAGGAGAGCGCAAGGACAAGUCCAUAUAUGAUACAACUUGAGUAGAUAUUUUAUCCAGCGUUACAGUGUCUAGUGUCCAAAAUAAUAGUACAAAGACGCCUGGUAUCGUACCUCAUCGUACAAGAUGACCCGUAUGCAGAAGGGGCAAAAAUAGUUGAAGAUGUGACACUCGAUCGACCGCUCGACAUUCGGGGUUUCACUUCUGGGGUUGGAUGUAACCAGGCUGGUAUCCAGCGUUCUGAGGCGGCCCAUACUGACCCUGCAGUUGCGGGUGCUGGUACCCAGGUUGAGCAAUCUGAGGCUCCCACCUGCCGAAGGAUGUUGGUUGGCAAUUCGACUAUUGUAGAUCAAAUAGUCUCC